AUGCACGCGGCCCGUCAUCGUCGCGUAUACCGCCCGCAUUACCACCACCACCCGCAGUUCCCAGCGCUCCUCGUAUUGCCCGUUCGGCUCCCUCGGGAGUGUCUGCAGCGUUUCGUCUCGAUAGCCCGAGUCAACACUGCGAAGAAUAGGGAGACGUGUGGGCUCUUACUCGGAAAGGAUAAGGGCAGCAAAUACGCUGUCACGACGCUUUUGAUACCUAAGCAGCACUCGACGAGUGAUACUUGCACGAUGGACGAGGAAGAACUUGUCUUGCAGUUCACAGAAGAACGGCAUCUAAUAACGCUAGGCUGGAUUCAUACCCACCCAACUCAAUCAUGCUUCAUGUCUUCAGUGGAUUUGCACACGCAUUCAGGCUUCCAGAGAAUGCUGCCAGAAUCAUUUGCGGUUGUCUGUGCACCCACCUCUAAUCCUGCCUUUGGCAUAUUCCGUCUUACCGAUCCUGGUGGCCUGCAAGUCAUCUUGGACUGCAAUGCGAAAGAAGCCUUCCAUCCCCACCCAGACGUGUCGGUAUACACUGACUGUGAUAAUAAUCACGUCCAAAUGAAGGAUUCAGCAUUAGAGAUUGUCGACCUGCGAGAAACUUAG